AUGCCUUCUCUGAGGAAACCCUGGCACUCUAUGGCAAAGGCGCUCAUCCUGGGAUGCCUCCUCACCGGCUUCCUUCUGCUGUUCUAUGCCUAUCUGGCACCCCUGCAAAUUUUUGCCAAGAAAACCCCAAAUGAGACGUCCUGUUCUUCUCCUCCCACGCUGCCGGUCAACACCACGGAGGGCUCCUGCCAGCCAAAGAUGGACAUCGUGUUCAUGAAGACCCACAAGACGGCCAGCAGCACCCUGCUCAACAUCCUCUUCCGCUUUGGCCAGAAGCACCACCUCAAGUUCGCCUUCCCCAGCGGCUACAACGACUUCAACUAUCCGUCCUUCUUCAAGCGGAGCCUGGUGCACAACUACCAGCCAGGGGACUGCUUCAACAUCAUCUGCAACCACAUGCGAUUCCGUUACCCCGAGGUGCGAGGCCUGGUGGCCCCCAACGCCACGUUCAUCACGGUGCUGCGGGACCCGGCCCAUCUCUUCGAGUCUUCCUUUCACUACUUCGGGAUGGUGGUGCCCUUCACGUGGAAGCUCACGGGCCACAACAAGCUGGCCAAGUUCCUGCAGGACCCCCACCGCUACUACGACCCCAAAGGCUUCAACGCCCACUACCUCCGCAACCUGCUCUUCUUCGACCUGGGCUACGACAGCGGGCUGGACCCCCGCAGCCCCCAGGUGGAGGAGCACAUCCUGGAGGUGGAGCAGAGGUUCCACUUGGUCAUGCUGCAAGAGUACUUUGAUGAGUCCCUGGUGCUACUGAAGGACCUCCUGUGCUGGGAGCUGGAGGACAUCCUCUACUUCAAGCUCAAUGCCCGCCGGGCCUCGGCCGUCCCCCAGCUGACCGGAGAGCUGUACCGGCGGGCCACCGAGUGGAACCAGCUGGACGCUCUCCUCUACCGCCACUUCAACGCCAGCUUCUGGCGCAAGGUGGAGGCCUUCGGGCGGGAGCGCAUGGCCCGAGAGGUGGCCAACCUGCGGCGGGAGAACGAGCGCAUGCGAAGUAUCUGUAUCGACGGGGGCCGGGCGGUGGACGCGGAGGCCAUCCAGGAGUCGUCCAUGCAGCCCUGGCAGCCGCUGGGGACCAAGACCAUCCUCGGCUACAACCUGAAGAAGCGGAUCAGUCAGCGGCACAAACAGCUGUGCCGGAAGAUGCUCACCCCCGAGAUGCAGUACCUGAUCGACCUUGGAGUCAACCUGUGGGUCAUCAGGAUCCUGAAGUACAUCAGGGAGUUCCUCCGGUGGUGACGGGGCCGCCGCGAGCCCUUUUCCUGCCCUCUCUCUGGUUACUCUCUCAGCCUCCUUCCAGUGGACAUACCCAGGUCUCUCCUCUCAGGGGCAGAGAUGGCGGGGUCCUCAGGGAGCCCACCUCAGCGAGAUUUAGCAACAUCUGACCUCCGAUCUCUGAGCCGGCCGAUAUCUCUCCAUCACUCCCCUCGCCUAGGGCGAGACCUGCGACAGAGAGGACCGAGGCGAUUUUUUUGGCUGAGCCCUCAGACAACCAAGGCAGAAGAGAAUGGAUGUGAGACACCUUUAACCAAGAGUAGUGUUUGACUAAUUGUAAUUUUUUUUAUUUAAAAAGAUAAAAGGAAAAAAGGGGGAAAAUGGAAUGCUAUCUAUCCUUCUACUUCACCCCUCUGCCCCUUGGGUAGGGGGAGCCUUUGAAACAAAGGUAAUUUGGCUUCUGUGUUUUUGUUCAUUG